UCCCAGUCCCCCCCAGUGCCCUCCCAGUGCCCCUCCAUUCCCUCCCAGUGCCCUCCCAGUCCCUCCCAGUCCCUCCCAGUUCCCACCGUUGGGUUGGGUGCGACCUUCGUGUUUUUCCCGUCCAUUCCCCUUUUUUUUCUCUCAUCCCUUCGGACUUUGUCCCGGAGCCGCCGGAGCGAUGGCGGCGACGUUGGCGCUGGUGGGGCUCUUCCUGGCGUGGAGCUCCGGCACCGCCGCGACGGCAUCGGAAUCACCAUCGGAAUCACCAUCGGAAUCACCAUCGGAAUCACCAUCGGAAUUAUCGGCGUCGGAAUCGCUCCUCAACGUCUGUAUGGAUGCGAAACACCACAAAACGGCGCCGGGACCCGAAGGGAAACUUUACGGACAGUGUUCCCUCUGGAAGGACAACGCCUGUUGCACCGCCAACACCACUUUGGAAGCCCACCGGGAUCAAUCCUUCCUCUACGGCUUCAAUUGGGACCACUGCGGAGCGAUGCCGGAGAAGUGCAAACGCCACUUCAUCCAAGACACGUGUCUCUACGAGUGCUCUCCCAACUUGGGGCCAUGGAUUGACCAGGCGGACAACAGUUGGAGGAAGGAGCGGGUGCUGCACGUUCCGCUGUGCCGCGAGGACUGCGAGCAGUGGUGGGAAGACUGCCAGGAUGCCUUCACUUGCAAAGCCAACUGGCACAAGGGAUGGGACUGGAGCUCAGGCUCCAACCGAUGCCCCACCGGAUCCCUGUGCCAAAGGUUCCGCUACGUCUUCCCGACGGCCGCCGACCUCUGCCAACGGAUUUGGUCCAACUCCUACCGUUACACCGAGUUCCACCGCGGCAGCGGCCGCUGCAUCCAAAUGUGGUUCGACCCUUCCCGGGGGAACCCCAAUUCCGACGUCGCCCGAUAUUACGCCCUCGGCGGCGCUGCCGACGCUCCCGGGGGACCCCCCGAGAUCCUCCUCCUCUCCAUCCUCUUCCUCCUCAACCCCAAUUUGUUGUCUCUCCUCUGA